AUGAGAUGCGCAACCAAUGAACCCGUUUCGCAGUGCAACAUCAACUACGCUCUGCCGCCCACCGGCAAGGGCACCGUGGACUGGGUGAUUGGGGGCAUCUUUUGCUCAUUCUACUCGGUGAUUGCCUACCAGACCUUCCGCGUCUUUCACCGCAAGUCUCCGCUCGCCCUGCCGUGGGUGAGUCUGCUCUUCUUUUCCGGCUUUCGAUGCGUCGGCUUCCUCAUGCGCGCGUGGGUCGACGACAAUCCGGUGCAAGACAGCUGGUCGUAUCAGCAAGCCAAGAACUGGGUUGUGCUGUUGACCACCUCGUAUUCGAUCAUUGCGGCGGGCACCACGUUCUUCCUCAUCUUUUUGGCGUCGGUGCUCGUGGCGCUGCGACGGGCGAGUCGGGCCACGCGCGACUUCGGCGAUGCUUCGUUCAAGUCGACAUUCCGCAAGCUCGGAUCGCAUGCUAGCAACCAAGACGCCGCCGCGAUCCUCGACGAAGACGAGUUGCGCGUCCGACGAUGGGAGGAUCGCGCCAUGAUGGCCUACCGCAUCUUUGUCGUCGCCGUCGCCGCGCUCAACAUCGUUGGAGCGCUGCGCCAGUUCGACUACUACUGGCUCAACUACAACCAGGGCCUCACGCUGCGCAAGGUCGGUGGCUUGAUGCAGAUCGUUGUUUGCGCACUCCUCUUCCUCGCGUUCGUCUACGUGUACUUCCACUAUGCAUCGCCCAAACCCACCCGACCCGCUUUCCUUCUUUUCGUCUUGAACAUCUUGCCCAUCUACUUUAUCACGCUCAUCUUCAACAUCCUCCGCGUUCUUCAACCCCUGGACUCUGCCAUCAACCAGGACCCCAACUACACGUACUACUUCCAGGUGCUCCCCGAUUGCCUCAACCUGUUCUUGCUGCUCAUCUUUAAUUAUGAUAGGCUGCUGGACUACUCUGCCGUUCGAGCGGAGUGA